AUGACGGAUGAUCAGAAAAAUGUUAGAGGUAUUCAUCCAAAUUCGGUUGUUUUCACCGAAUUGCCAGAUGAUGAAAAUACUAAAGCUGCAGCUGCUAAUGAUUUGCAAAUAAAUAAUCCUACUUAUGAGUUUUAUCCAGAAGUUGAACAAAAACCUUUUAAUUUCUUGUCGACAUUACAUGUACUCCCCGCUUGCAGCAACACAAUCUUCAUAUUCGCCCGUACAAAAUUAACCUUAUUCGACUACUCAACCGGAACCGUGAACAAAAAGUUUAUCCGAUAUCCCAGGGUUCCCAAGAUCAUACCACUCACCGGAUCAUCGUUGUGGGAGGUUGGAUCUCGGGAUUGGUUUGGAGUGCCCGAGUGGUAUAUGGAGGAUUUUUUAUGGGUUUCCGAAGGUACUCCGGAUGCUGUUAUUUUGGCGGAUGGAACUGUUCUGUUUAUUAAAGGUACUGUUUGUGGAUGUGAAAAAAGUUCAAAAUGGACUGUAUUCAUCCCAUCGGAAAUUUCACGAGUAUACCAUUCGGUCGCCACAUUAGUUGCUGAUGGGUUAGUGUGA